AUGUCCCAGCGGUGGCAACGGCCGAGCUCCGACACUGAUGAUCUGUAUUCCCGCAUGCUGCGGGUGUCCCACCCUGAUGGGCCUGAGCAGGAACACAAGUGGAGAAGGAAUGAGCUCAGUGGGAGACAGUGCAUGAACUUGACCAGCCCCUUGCACCUCUCUGAGCUGGGCCCUUUGUACCGGAAACUCGCCCUGAAGAACCACCCGUUGAGGUCAAAUGACCUGUCUUCACCAGAGACGUUCAGGCAGAUAGCAGAGGCCUACGACGUGCUGAGUGACCCUGUGAAGAGAGGCAUCUAUGACAAGUUUGGAGAGGAGGGCCUGAAGGGCGGGAUUCCUUUGGAGUUUGGAUCCCAGACCCCUUGGACAACUGGUUACGUCUUCCACGGCAACCCCGAAAAGGUUUUCCAUGAGUUCUUCGGGGGAGACAACCCCUUCAAUGAGUUUUUUGAUGCAGAAGGAAGUGAAGUGGAUUUGAACUUUGGGGGACUCCGGGGCCGAGGGGUCAAGAAACAAGAUCCCCCAAUCGAACGGGACCUCUACUUGUCCCUGGAGGACUUGUUCUUCGGCUGCACCAAAAAAAUCAAGAUCUCCCGCAGGGUGCUGAACGAGGACAGGUACUCCUCCACCAUCAAGGACAAGAUCCUGACAAUUGAUGUGAAGCCUGGCUGGAGGCAGGGUACACGCAUCACCUUUGAGAAGGAAGGGGACCAGGGCCCCAACAUCAUUCCAGCUGACAUCAUCUUCGUCGUGAAAGAGAAGCUGCACCCCCGUUUCCGCAGGGAGAACGACAACCUCUUCUUUGUGAAUCCCAUCUCUUUGGGCAAGGCUCUCACCUGCUGCACCGUGGAGGUGAAGACCCUAGAUGACCGUCUGCUCAACAUCCCUAUCAACGACAUCAUCCAUCCCAAGUACUUCAAGAAGGUUCCAGGCGAGGGGAUGCCAUUGCCUGAGGACCCCGCCAAGAAGGGUGACCUCUUCAUCUUCUUCGACAUCCAGUUCCCCACUCGCCUCACACCCCAGAAGAAGCAGAUGCUGCGCCAGGCAUUGCUGACAUAACUGGUGGGCUGGGCUGGAGCAGGAGUGGGAGGAGGCUAGCCGUGCCUGCUUGUACCCCUGCCCCCCACAGCCCUGGGGUAUGCAGGGAGCCAGCCAACUACACAGAUGUGACAUGAGAGUGGGAUGGCAUGGACUUAAAUGGACAUAAUAAAUAUCUAUUUAUCCUCCAGCUACA